UACUGUCAGUCGAUAAACAACACUGUCACACGUACACAGAAUUUAUUUACUUUUUUCUACUUAAUAAGCUGUAAAAUGCUAAAUAAAGUACUACUAUCUACUGAUGUCACCUUGGUUUGCGUUCAACAUGCACUAUCUACAGAAAAAGAAGAAAUAAUGGGACUAUUAAUUGGAGAGGUUCACGACAAUGGUUCGCUGGUUUCAAUAGUAUCAUCGGUUAUUUUACGGCGGUUGGAUAAGAAGCCUGACCGUGUCGAGAUCUCGGAGGAGCAGCUAGUGCAGGCUACAUUAAGAGCGGAAGAGCUCGCAGCGGAAGUAGGCCGGCCGCUAAGGGUGGUAGGCUGGUACCACUCCCAUCCCCAUAUUACUGUGUGGCCUUCUCAUGUUGAUCUUGCAACACAAUCCAUGUACCAAAGGAUGGACGCCAGUUUUGUUGGGAUAAUAUUUGCUGCAUUCCUUACAGAUCAAAGCACCAAAGCUCCAUCUAUACAAAUUACUUGCUUUCAAUCUGUCACUGAUGGCUCAACCCAAAGCAGAAGAGAAAUUGAAAUGGAAGUUGUGAACAACAAUGACUCUCUCAUGACAAACAAUUUUGAGAUAUUAACCCAACUACCAGCAAUUCUUAAAGAAGAAGAGGAUGAGGCCUACCAGAAUGAAGUUGGCGCUAGUGAAACAGAUGAUAUUAUUAUCAAACAACAUAAUGCAGCUGUGAGGACAAUAGCUAUAGGACAUAUUGUAGAAAAGAUGUCUCGGCCAAUGCUAGAGGCCCUGGUUUCCCGGAAUGCUCUUAAUGGUGUGAGAUUAAAAGCUCUGAAAAAACAGCAUCAAGAACUUAUGUCCAGAUUGGAGAACAUGUCAUGCAAUGUAUAAUUACUAAAGACAUAAAUAAAUACUACUAAUAUGAUUA